AUGUUUCUGUAUAAUUUGACUUUACAACCUUCUACUGCAAUUAAUGUUGCAGUAGUCGGACAUUUUUCGGGAACCAAACAACAAGAAAUAGUUAUUUCUAGAAUAACAAGAUUAGAGCUUAUUAGAGCUGACCAGAACUCUGGUAAAUUACAAACACUUUUGGCUUAUGACAUUUUUGGGAUGAUAAGAUCAUUGACACCUUUCAGGCUAACUGGUGGCUCCAAAGAUUAUAUUAUAGUUGGAUCAGAUUCAGGUCGUGUAGUAAUUUUAGAAUAUAAUCCAUCUAAAAAUAGGUUUGAUAAAGUUCAUCAAGAAACUUUUGGAAAAUCGGGAUGUAGAAGAAUUGUACCUGGGCAAUAUUUAGCAGUUGAUCCCAAAGGAAGAUCUGUUAUGAUUGGUGCAAUUGAAAAACAAAAACUCGUUUAUAUUCUGAAUCGUGAUUCCGCAGCCAAUCUUACUAUAUCUUCACCGCUGGAAGCACACAAAUCACAUACACUUGUACAUAAUUGCAUAGGGCUUGACGUUGGUUAUGAAAAUCCAGUUUUUGCAUGUCUGGAAGUUGAUUAUUCAGAAGCAGAUCUUGAUCCAUCUGGUGAAGCUUUCAACAAUACUGAAAAGAUGCUUACAUAUUAUGAAUUGGAUCUUGUCCCAGGCGGGAAUGAUGGUCCAUCAGGAGUGCUGGUAUGUUCUGAAAAUUUUAUCACCUAUAAACAUCAACGUGCUCAAGAGCUUCGUAUACCAAUACCACGUCGUAAAAACCCUUUAGAAGAUCCUUCGCGUGGACUAAUCAUAGUGGCAGGUGUUAUGCAUAAAAUGAAAGGUGUCUUUUUCUUUUUGUUACAAAGUGAAGAAGGUGAUAUAUAUAAAGUGACUCUUGAUUGCGAGGACGAUAAGGUAAAAGCUAUUAAAAUAAAAUAUUUUGAUACUGUACCUGUUGCGGUAUCAUUAUGUAUACUUAGAGCUGGUUUUUUGUUUGUAGCUACUGAAUUUGGAAAUCCUCGGCUAUACUCUUUUACAAGUCUUGGUGAUGAUAAUGAUGAACCAGAAUGGUCUAGUAAAGAUUUUAUGGAUACUGAUACUGAAGCACCAGUAGCAUAUUUUAAUCUUAGAGAAUUACAAAAUUUAGAAAGGGCUGAUGAAUUAGAAAGUUUAAAUCCAUUAAUUGAUGCUAAAGUUCUAAAUCUUAUGGAUGACGAUACUCCUCAAAUAUAUUCUUUGUGCGGCAGGGGAGCAGGUUCAACUUUUAGAAUCUUGAGAAAUGGCUUAGAAGUAUCUGAAAUGGCUGUUUCAGAAUUACCAGGAAAUCCUAAUGCUGUAUGGACCACCAAACUUAGAGCAGAAGAUGAAUUUGAUGCUUAUAUAAUAGUUUCAUUUGUGAAUGCUACAUUGGUAUUAUCUAUUGGCGAGACUGUGGAAGAAGUUACAGAUACAGGAUUUCUUGCAUCAACACCUACUUUAGAUGUCCACCAACUUGGUAAUGAUGCAUUACUUCAGAUAUAUCCUCAAGGAAUAAGACAUAUUAGAGUUGAUCGUCGUGUUAAUGAAUGGAAAACUCCUGGUAAUAAAACAAUCGUCAAAGCAGCUACCAAUAAACGACAAGUCGUUAUAGCCUUGACUGGUGGUGAAUUGGUUUAUUUUGAAUUGGAUAGUCAAGGACAACUGAAUGAAUAUCAGGAACGUAAGGAAAUGUCAGCAAAUGUGUUAUGUUUAAGUAUUGGUGAGGUUCCUGAAGGAAGACAACGUUCAAGAUUUUUGGCUGUAGGUUGUGAUGACAAUGCUGUAAGAAUUCUUUCACUCGAUCCAGACAAUACUUUAGAAAUACUUAGCACACAAGCUAUUAGUGCCUUACCACAAUCAUUAGUCAUUAUUGAAAUGAUGGAUAUUGGAACGGACGCUUCUCAUGGAACUCUAUAUUUAAAUAUAGGUUUACAAAAUGGUGUUUUGUUAAGAACAGUUUUGGAUACUAUAACUGGAGCUUUAACGGAUACAAGACAAAGAUUUCUCGGAGCACGUCCUGUCAAAUUGUUUCAAGUUACAAUACAGGGAGCUCCAGCUGUACUUGCUUUAUCGAGUCGACCUUGGUUAAGCUAUACUUUUCAAUCCAGACUACAUCUAACACCGCUUUCUUAUGACAUGCUUGAAUACGGUUCAAAUUUUACUUCACCGCAAGUACCUGAAGGUAUAGUUGCUAUAUCAGCCAACACAUUAAGGAUAUUUGCUGUAGAGAAAUUGGGCACUGUGUUCAAUCAAGUAGCUAUACCGCUCAAAUACACGCCACGUCAUUUUGUUCUUCAUCAAAAUUCAAGAAACUUUGUAAUAAUUGAAAGCGAGCACAAUACUUACUCGCCUACCGAAAGAAAAAAGUUAAUAGAAUCAAAAAUCAAUGCUGGUACAGAAGUAAACGAAAGUAUCUUUGAUUUGCCACAAGAAAUUUUAGGAUUACCUAAAGCUGAAGCUGGUAAAUGGGCGUCUUGUAUUCGUGUUGUGAAUCCAUUUCAGAGCGAAACUAUGUCAGUGAUUGAACUUGAAGAUAACGAGGCAGCUUUUAGUGUUGCAACAGUAAAUUUCCAUGGUCAUAGCGAGGUAUUCCUUGUGGUUGGUGCUGCCAAAGAUGCAAAUUUAGCACCAAGAACUUGUUCUUCUGGUUUUCUUUAUGUUUAUCAAUUUGUAGAUAAUGGAAACUCGUUAAAAUUAAUUCACAAAACAAUAUGUGAUGAUAUUCCUUUAGCAUUAUUAGGAUUUCAAGGAAGACUUUUAGCUGGUGUUGGGAAAGCACUUAGAAUUUAUGAUUUAGGUAAAAGGAAACUCUUACGAAAAUGUGAAUCAAAGGGCAAUAGAAUUAUUAUUUGUGAUGUUCAAGAAUCAAUUCAUUAUGCAUCAUAUAGACAACACGAUAAUCGAAUUAUUAUUUUUGCUGAUGAUACUACACCACGUUGGAUCACUACCACAACAAUGUUAGAUUACGAUACAAUUGCUGGUGGUGAUAAAUUCGGAAAUUUCUUUAUUGAUAGAUUACCAGCCGAGACUAGUGAAGAGGUGGAUGAAGAUCCUACUGGUAAUAAGAUUAUGUAUGAAAAAGGAUAUCUUAUGGGUGCGCCUCAUAAAGUUACUAUGAUAGCUCAUUAUCAUGUUGGUGAUAUUAUCACAUCUAUUCAUAGAACCAAUUUGGUAGCAGGUGGUCGUGAAGUCCUUGUAUACACAGGUAUAAUGGCUGAUGAAUUGGAUCGUACACCUGCAGAAAUUCAAAAAAAGAUUGAAGAUAUGAGAGUGAUGGCUGCUUUUUAA